AUGGCGUCCCAACUCCUUCCUUUGGGUAAUCUUCAUAACCACGCGUAUACAUUGACUUGUGUGAUUAACAGGUUGGCAGAAUUGAUCGAUAAGUGUGUGGGAUCGAGAAUCUGGGUCAUCAUGAAGGGCGACAAAGAAUUCUCCGGCACAUUACUUGGAUUCGACGACUACGUCAAUAUGGUUCUGGAAGAUGUGACUGAAUUCGAUUACUCUGGUGCACAGGUCAAGCUCCCUAAGAUCCUGCUAAACGGGAACAAUAUCUGCAUGUUAAUCCCUGGUGGCGAGGGACCAGUUGGCAGCUCCUGA